AAGAUAACCCCCAAUUUAAGGCAAAAACCCCCCAGACAAGAGAAGCGUGUGAUUCACUGUGUUAAGAGGAGAGUGAACGUUGGAUUCUGAAGGGGUCUCAGAAACUAAACCACGACAACUUGUGACUAAACCAUGGUUAGAUACCCUUGAAUUUUCUCUCUCUCUCCUUUCUCUCUGUUUCUGUCCCCAUUUGUUCGUGUGUGUCACUGCUAGUGCUUUCUGCAUUGGUUCUCUGCAACUCUGCAAAUCUUUCGCCGCCUUCUGCGUCCACUUGGGGGCGUUCCCCCACUUCUGAAAUUUUGUGUUUUCUCUUUCUUCGAGCUGAGACACAGUCUCUUAAGUAUGAAAGAUUGCUUUUUUGAUAACUUCCCGGUGAUGUGUGAAUUGGGAAUGAUCACUCCCACUCAACUAGCAGUGUUGUUGCAUUUGGAUUAGAAGAACCUUGUUGGUCUCGAGGAGCUCAGGUUUUCCAGAAAUUUUGUAUCUUUUUGGGUGCCCAUUUUAGCAGAGAUUAUUUGUGGUUAUUGGAGUUACAUGGGUUUCCCUUGAUCUCUGCAGAGAAUUACUGUCACUAUCGUCGAUGGAACUCAACUGGGUUUGUGUGUUUGUGCAACCUGAACACUGAUUAGGAAAAAUAAAGAAUAAAAAUAAGAUCGAAUAUUUUAAAGUCCUUACUUUUUCUUGGCAAGGUUUCUUCCAUGUCUUCAAGCCUCAUUUGGAUUCCAAAGGUUUCCUAGCUAACAUAGUAGAGUAUGUUGGAAGCAAAUAUAAGGGGUUAAGUGCCUAAGUUUGAGGCCUUUCUGAGUUUUUGGUGCUGUGGUUCCGUUGAUCUAUUGAUUCAUCAUGCCUCUGUAUGAGUUAUACCGGCUGGCUAGAGAGAAGCUUGGUGAAGACAUUAAUAACAGCACACAUACAGCUGAUCAAUCUUCCUCGCCUGAGAAUGAUUUUUUUGAGCUGGUUUGGGAAAAUGGUCAGAUUUCGAGCCAGGGUCAAUCCAGUAGAGCUAGAAAGAGCCCCUCCUGCAGGAGUUUGCCAUCUUAUUGCUUACCAUCUCACACUCCCAAGGGUCGAGAUAAAGAUGUAGGAUAUGGUACCAAUACAAGGCUGGGAAAGUUUGGGGAUUUAGACUCUGGACUAAAUGAAAUUCCAAUGUCAGUGCCAUCCCGUGAAGUGGAUUUGAGUCAAGAUGAAGAUGUGAUACCUUGGUUGGAUUAUACAAUGGAUGCCUCUUUGCAACAUGAAUAUAGUUCUGAUUUUUUACAUGAACUAUCUGGGGUCACGGAAAAUGACCUUCAUGUCUCAAAUAAUUUUACUCUAUUUGAUAAAAGAAGUAAUGGCAAUCAGGUGUGUAGGGACUCUCAUAAAUAUUCUGCAGAACAAGGUAAUGUUUCCAAGGGUUCUUCAGCUGAACAAGUUGAGACUGCUAGACCUAAAGCCAGCACCAGUCAGUUAUACCCGCCAUCAUCGCAUCAAUGUCAAACAUCACUUGUAUCUGUUAGAUCAAGAGUAUCAGAUAUAACUGAAAAUAAUAUUACUAGUAAUGCAACCCAGGAUGUGUCUUGUGGUGAGAUUACUGAGAUUCCAUCUUCUUCAAGUGAUUUUUCUAGCUUAAAGGUGCAGAAGCAAGAUCCAAUUAUGCCAAGCAAUGGUUCCACCAUGAUGAAUUUCUCCCAUUUUGCAAGGCCUGCAGCUAUUGUGAGAGCUAAUCUUCAGAACAUUAGCUUGAAGAAUGGUUUGGCAUCAGCAAGAUCAGACAGUAUGGGAAAUAAGAAGAAUAAAGGUACUGCUGCAACUAGCAGCAAUCCUCCUGAGUCAACUCUUGUAGAUUCAGGUGGUGAAUGUCCAAAGGAAAAAACCAUGCACUGCCAGCAGGUUGUGGAGCAAUCCAAGGCUGAUUUGACUUUGCAGCCAAAAUCUCUUGAACAGAAUGUUGUAGUUUCUAAACAGUUGGAAUCUGCUUGCAAAGAGAGUGCCAUUAAGAUUAAUCAAUCUUCCAAUCAAGUUCUUGAUGAAAGUGGUGCUAAAGGACAGACAGUCACUGAAAAAAAUAUGGAGCCAGCACUAGCCUCUUCCUCUGUUUGCUCUGGCAAUGAUGCAGAUAGAGUUUCAGACAAUCCAAAUCAAAAUUUGAAGCGAAAAAGUAGAGACACCGAGGACUCUGAGUGCCAUAGUGAAGAUGUGGAGGAAGAAUCAAUGGGUGUUAAAAAGGCAGCUGCUGGGCGAGGUACUUCAGGUUCAAAGAGAAGCCGUGCAGCUGAAGUGCAUAAUCUAUCUGAAAGGAGGCGAAGAGACAGGAUCAAUGAGAAGAUGCGUGCAUUACAAGAACUCAUUCCAAAUUGCAAUAAGGUGGAUAAAGCUUCAAUGCUGGAUGAGGCAAUUGAGUAUCUUAAAACACUUCAACUCCAAGUUCAAAUGAUGUCAAUGGGAGCUGGUCUAUAUAUGCCUCAAAUGAUGUUACCUGCGGGAAUGCAGCACAUGCAUGCACCGCAUAUGGCUCAAUUUUCACCUAUGGGUGUUGGCAUGCAUAUGGGGUUGGGUAUGGGUUAUGGGAUGGGCAUGCCUGACAUGAAUGGUGGAUCUUCUAGAUUCCCAAUGAUUCAGGUGCCCCAAAUGCAAGGAAGUCAUAUACCUGUUGCACAUAUGCCUGGAUCCACUGCUUUACAUGGCAUGGCAAGAUCAAAUCCUUCAGGGUUCGGGAUUCACAUGCCAAUGCAACGUGCUCCUGUAUUUCCUUUUUCAGGAGGGCCUCUUAUGAACUCAGCAGCUCUGGGACUACAUGCAUGUGGACCAGCAGGACUUGUUGAAACUGUUGAUUCGGGUGCAGCAUCUGGCUUAAAGGAUCAAAUGCCAAAUUUGGACCCACAAGUUAACCAGAACACUAGUGGCCGUGGCUCAACAAGUCACAUCCCUAACCAGUGUGAAGCAGCAACUGUUGGAUAUGAACAGUCAGCUUUGGUGCAUAAUAGAGGUCAUGCCUCUGAGGCUAAUGACAGUGGAGCUGAUAAUCCUGGCAAAGAAGAUAACCUUGUGAUUGGUUAUGAUUGAUACUCCGCAUUGACCAUGGCCAAUAGAAGAAUGCAGGUUUUUCAGAGAUGUGAGUCCAAAAUCUCUUGUUUUUCAUCCUUGCAAGUUCAAUCCAGAUUACCACAGAGGAUACUUCAGAUGACCCGUCAUAAUAACCAUUGGAAUCCUAUUUUCCGGGAAUUGCACAGAUUUUGGUAUCUUGGGAGACGUCGCUCAUUUGUACAUCCAUUUAGUGACCCGUUCAAUCAAUCGGCAUAAAAAUUUUAUGUAUCUUGCAAAAUAUGCAUUCAAAUGUUUGAUUUUGAUCUUUCAUAGUGAUUCUUUGGGUUAAUGAAAUAAUGUUUUUUCUUUGCAAUCUAUUCUCUCUCCCUCUCCUACAAAA